AUAUAAUAACAAAAAAUGUCAACAAAAUCCAUUGUGAAAAUUUAGGAAAACAAUUUUCCUGCAUAAAAUUAAAAAAAAAUUCUUAGUAAAAAAGAUUAGAAAAACUUUCAACUCGAAUUAAACAAGUGAAGUACAAUGAGAUACAUUAGAUGUGCUCACAGAAAGCUUUACAAUACAAAUCUGGUUAACAGCACGUUUAAAUCCACUUACCUAUCCUGUAGUUCCGAUAAACCAAAGAAUGAAGUAGCAGUCGUUGUUGUUGGUGGUGGGCUUGCCGGUCUUUCGGCAGCCAAUCAUUUAAUUAAAAAUGGUUUUAACCGAACAAUAGUUUUGGAAGCUACCGAUCGUUAUGGUGGGCGCAUAAUAUCAAAACAAUUCGGGGAUGCUUAUUGCGAAUUGGGAGCAAAAUUGGUGCCAAUAAAUGCAAAAAAGGAUACUGUGUAUAACAUAGUGCAAAAUAUGAGAGGGCUACCAAAGAAAGUAAUGCAAACCAAAGACAAAAUAUAUGUUAAUGCCUCUGGAGAAAGGAUGGACAGGAAUUUGCCGGAAUUAAUAGAUAUACUCUAUAAAAGACUUUGUUCGCAUAUACAGUUGGACGAGAAAUACAAAGCAGGUGAAAUGGAUGAUUUGAACAAUGUGCACACUUAUUUUCAAGCAGAAAAAUCAAAACUCGUAAAUUCGGUUUUCAAAGGAGAAGAUCAGAAAACAGCAAAUGAAAUAUUUAAUUCGUUAAUCAAAGAGUUUAGCAGUUUGUUUGGUUGCUCGCUUCAGUACGUAAAUAUUGAACAUAUAACAAAGCUACAAAAUGCAGUAAAUAAUGCAAACGCCAUUUAUGUACCAACUGGUUUAGACAAUAUUUUAAGUAUUUUAACAAAGAACCUGGGAAAGCAGCAGCUGAUGAUUGGUAAACCCGUUGGAGAGAUCAAUUGGUACAUACCAUCCAAAAGUGGAGAGAAAUGUGUAGCUUGCUUAGACGGUGAUGUGUAUCUCGCGGAUCACAUAAUAUGUACUGUUCCUUUAGGGGUGCUAAAAAUAUUUUCUGAAAACAUGUUUAGACCUGCAUUGCCGCAAAGUAAAAUUAAUUCGAUUAAAAAGCUUGGUUUUGGUAGUCCUGUUAAAAUAUACUUCGAAUAUGAAGCAAAUAUUGAAAAUUGGCUUAGGAGUAGUUUGCGACCACUGUGGACUACGGACGGGCUUUAUUCGGAAAUUGCAUGGACGAAACAAGUGGUCGAGAUAUCGAAAAUGCCCAAGAGUAAUCGGGUAGUUGAGAUAGUUAUUGGUGGCGAUUGGUAUGAUAAAAUCGAAAAAUUGCCAGAUCUCGAACUGCUGACUGAAAUAACAAAACUAAUGCGCACCUUAUUGAAGAACGAAAAUAUACCUUACCCAAGUUCAGUGUUGCGCUCCAAUUGGAGCACGCUGGCAUGCUACUUAGGCGGUCGGCCUUACUUCUCCACUGGUAGCACAAUUAGCGACGUUUUGACUUUAGCUGAACCCUUGGGGCCUACAAAGAGUUUAUUGUUUGCUGGUGAUGCAACUAUAGUGGAUGGCUUUGGUACAGUAGAUGGCGCCCAUCGGAGUGGAAUCCGAGAAGCUCAACGCAUAAUCGAUCAUUACAAUAGUCAAGAAGCGGUGAAAGCGAAUAGCCAAUAAGAAUAAAAACAAUGUGAUAUUUUUGCUCAGUUUUAUUUGAGUGAACUUGAGUUUUGAAAAAACAAUAUAAAUAGCUUAUUUAUAAGCAAAUAACACAACAACAAUGCAAAACCGCUAAAAGCUUUGAGUAUAUAGUUUUUGGUCACAAUAUCAACAGGAAUAAUACAAUAUUUUAAGUAAUUACGUUCUAAUGGAAUAUAUAGAAUGUUCACAGGCAUUCGUUGUCGUAAAACCUAUUGAAGUACAUCUUCAGAUAUCAUCAGCAGCUUCACUCACUUCCUUCCAAGAAUAAUCCAUGUCCUCUGGCUUAGUAAAUCUGGAACAAACUGCCAUGCGCAAAAACUUCUCAUUCCUUUCAUUAGGGCCCUUCAGUCGGAAACAGACAAGACCCAUAUUUACAUCACCAACAAUCUCAAAUCGAUUAUCGGCUCUGCAAAGGUUAGCAAAUUGUGUGGCGUAACCGCAGUGACGUCGUAUGUGUGCUUGCAAAUUUUGCACCCCGUAUAAACGUAGUACAAACCACAGUUUUAAAGCACGGAAGCGGCGCCCCAAUGGAAUUUGCCAAUGUCUAUAAUCGGGGGCGGAACCCUGCAUGUCAUGCUUCAAAUACAAAGGGUCAACGUUGAACGCAUUAACCACCCAACUGGGAUCCUUUAGCCACAUAGCGCUGCAAUCAAAAUUCACCAGCAUCCAUUUAUGGGGAUUAAAAUUAAACGAAUCCGCUGUUUCCAUUCCUUUCAUGAGGUGACGAUAUUCGGGGCAGAUGAAAGCGGCACCAGCAUAGGCAGCGUCCACGUGCACCCAGACCCCGUAUUUGUUGCCAACAGGACCACAUUCGUCCAAGUGAUCAAAAGCACAAGAAUUAGUGGUGCCCAGGGUGACUACGGC